GUGCGAGCAUCCAAUAAAUCUGCAUUGCAUAUUAGUUUGUGAUUUAUAAAUUUACUAUCUUAAAACCAAUAAGCUGUUGUAAACUUGUUUUCGUUUUGGUUCUGUGCUGCGAAAUAAAAAAAAUGUAAAAAAGUUUUUGUUAUGCAAACGUGCCAGUUGUUCUAUUGAAAUUCGAAUUUCGAAAAUACAUGUUUAGAAAAAAUUUGUUAUCUGUGUUAUGUGUUGUUUUGGCGGGAACGAUCGAUGGUGUUUUUGGUGUUAUUAAAUUUUAUAUAAUUAUUGUGGGAUUGUGAAAAACGAAAAUUAAACGAUUUAUUGAGUAUUUGUUCGCAAAGAUGGGCCCAGGUGAUAGGGGGCCGAAGACUACGGAAGGUAGGACUGCGCCUGUCGAAUAUACGGGAAUGAGGAAGUGGUUCAUGGAUAAUACCUUGCUCGUGGUUACUUUGGCUGGUGUCCUCAGUGGUAUUGCUGUAGGAUUUGGUCUUCGACCGUAUCGCCUGGGCCAAGAUGCUCACAUGAUUAUAUCGUAUCCCGGAGAGUUAUUUAUGAGGCUCCUGAAAUUAAUGAUUUUACCAUUAAUUAUAGCGAGCUUGAUCGCUGGCUCCGCGAGCCUUAAUGCAAAGAUGAGUGGUAAAAUAGCUUUAAGGACGUUAUCAUACUUUGUUUUGACCUCAAUGUUUAACGCAUUCCUUGGUAUACUCUUGGCCGUGCUUAUUCAUCCAGGCGAAUCUGAUUUGAAGGAGAGUAAUGGACGAGUGGUUCAGAAUCGAGAUCAUAACAUAUUGGAUAGCCUUCUGGAUAUUGGCCGAAACAUUUUCCCAGACAAUAUCGUGCAAGCGGCGUUCCAACAAGCUCACACAGUUUAUGUGGAACCUCAGUCGUUCUUUGCCAACAAUGCAACGGAAAAUGAUACGGAACGAGUUUUAGUUCGAGUGGUACAAUAUAGGUCAGGAACAAAUACCCUAGGAUUAGUUUUCUUCUGUUUAGUAUUCGGUAGUUUGCUAGGUACUCUAGGACCAAAAGGACAGGUUGUGAUCGAUUUCUUUCAAGCAAUAUUCGAAGUGAUAAUGAAAAUGGUGACUGGUGUUAUGUGGUUCACGCCGGUUGGAGUGAGUAGCGUGAUUGCUGGAAAAAUUCUUGGUGUUGAUGAUGUUGCUCAAGUGAUGUCCCAAUUGGCAUGGUUUAUAGCUACAGUGGCUAUCGGGGUGUUUCUGUAUCAACUGAUCGUGAUGCAACUGCUGUAUUUUCUGUUCCUAAGACGGAAUCCAUACAAGUUCUAUUGGGGAUUAUCUCACGCUAUGCUCACGGCAUCGGCUACUGCGUCUACUGCAGCCGCGCUGCCGAUAACGUUCCGCGCCAUGGAGGGGCCCCUGCACGUGGACCCGCGCAUCACGCGCUUCGUGCUGCCCAUCGGCUGCAACAUCAACAUGGACGGCACCGCUCUGUUCCUGGCGGUGGCCAGCGUUUUCAUCUGCCAGAUGAACGGCAUGCACCUGGGUUUCGCUCAGCUGGCGACUGUUUUCCUGACGUCGACGGCCGCGUCGGUGUCGUCGGCGUCGGUGCCGUCGGCGGCGAUGGUGCUGCUGCUGGUGGUGCUGGCGGCGGUGGACGCGCCGGCGCACGACGUGUCGCUGCUGUUCGCUGUCGAUUGGCUCGUGGAUAGGAUCAGAACGACAAACAACAUGCUGGGUGACUGCUACGCGGCGGCCAUUGUGGAGCACAUGUCCAAACACGAGCUCAUGGCUUGUGACGCCGCUUCUAUGGAGCCAGUGGCCACAAAUGGUACUCUACCGACGACCACUACUGAUUUAGAUAUAGUGUCUUGUAAGAAAUCCCUAGGUUCCGACGACAUAGUAAUCGACAUGCAUUUAAACAAUAUCACCAAGAGUUAGUUCAGUAGCAGUAGCAGUAGCGUCAGUUAGUAGCGUAGUUUUGUACCAUUAGGGCGGUUAAUCGAUCUUAGAAUUUAGUAGCAAGGUGACCAGUGAGAAGUUAUAAGUAUGGAAAGAAAAAUAUCAUAUUAUUGUGUCGAACGAUCAUUGACUUUCGUCAUAAAUAAUAGAAAAAUAAUUAUUUCAACAAAAUACAUUUGACCUUACUAUACUCCUUUUUUUGCUUUUUAAUGAAAUCAAAGUCCAUUAGGUUUUAAAAAAUUAAUUAUUAACGCGUUUCCUUCUCUGUCUUCUAUUCCAGUUACGUGAUAAUUUUUCAUAACUUAAAUUACGUAAAAUUUUAUUAAAUGACCAUUCUAAAAUGGUGAUUAACCACAACUAUUAGAAAAAUGACCAUUUUGACGAACAUUUGUACGAAAAAAAAAUGUUUUUUUUUUAAUU